AUGAGUGAAUAUAAACCCGCGGAUUUUUCACUCGUCACAGCCGAGCACGCGUUAUCCGCCCAACCUGGAAUGUAUCAAACAGCCUGUUCAAUUAUGGAUUGUGACACUCAAACAAUGGCCGAUGUUUUAUCGGAAAAUAAUCAGAUAUCUGCAGUUGAUGAUGUUUUUUCGCCAAUCAAAUCGCUUGGUGUUGGUGUAGGAGUUGGUGUGACUAAUAAUUCGGUGAAUAAUAGUUUUGUUCAAUCAACUGGUUAUAAUCCAGGCAAUGUUUAUUAUAAAGAUUAUGCAACCACACCAACUAGUAAGUUUUUUUUUCUUUUUUGAUUUUUUUCUUGGCCCUUUUUUCAAGUUAAUUGAAAACGUAAACUCACUCACUCACUCUAAAACAGGAAAUUGAAAACGAGUAUGUUUUUGCAGGCUAUAACAUGUUUCUCAAUUAUCCAUCUUAUUCUCUACCCACCUCCACAACUUCUGAUGCUACUUUUGGAGCAUCUACAGCUGGUAUGGUUGACACUUCAGUCUUCGGUGCAUCGGCGGCACAAAACACAUCGUAUUUCUACCCGGGAUAUGGAGGUUAUGAUCCUUUAAAUGGAAGUGCAACAACAACAGCAUCACUUAUUCCAAGAUCGACUGCAACAAAUAAUAAUGGAUUGACACCGACUGCAGUGAUUGCUGGAUGUUCGAGUUCUGGGUCGAGUUCGGCGUCGAGCUCAUCUGCCAAUUCAACAUCUACUCCGAGAAAUUCUGGAUCAAAUGGAAUGGGUGGCGGGAAAAUGCGAUCGAUUAGCAAUAAUAGUUGUGAGUUUUGAAAAAUAGUUGAAUCUAUUUGGGGCUACUUUGGGAAUGUUAGAUAAGGCUUACGAGUUUUUUUUAGUAUAGACAGUUUUGAACCAAAAAAAGUUAUUCUACAAAAGUUAUUUCUCAAAUUUUCAACUGUUUUGAGCUAAACUGGAACCUAAGAUUUUCAAAUCUGCAUGUUUUUUUCUGAAAAUCAGAGCCUAUGAAAAUUUUGUGAAGCUUCCGAUUUUUUAAAUUAAUUUAGAGUUUUAGAAAGUUUUUUUUUGGAAAAUCGAAACCAUUUCCCAAUAAUUCCAUAUUUUCAGUUCCUCUGAACACCGAAGGCCGAGAGUGUGUAAAUUGCGGAGUUCAAAACACGCCACUUUGGAGGCGAGAUGGCGGCGGACAUUAUCUUUGCAAUGCCUGUGGAUUAUAUCACAAAAUGAACGGACAAAAUCGGCCGUUGGUGAAGCCGAAAAAGCGACAGGUUAGUUUUCAAAAAAUCGCUCUUCCUUUUUAAAGGGAUGUGACCUUUCUGAUAAAAUCAAAAGUUAGUGAAGGGAACUGGGAAGAGGAGUGAAAUGAGGGAGAAGAUUGAUCAAGUUGUCGGCGGUGGCUCUUGCGCAAUGCAUACACAUGACAUUGGCCAUUGACAAAUUGCAUUAAAUAUGGGAGGGGUACUGUAGGUAGAAAUGGUCCACUGUUUAUUGAUUAGCAAAAAAGUGACUUUAUUCUUGGAGUAAAACUCUUGAUUUAUUUUUUAUUUCCAAUUUUUAACAAAUAAUAUUUGUUCAAAAAACCAUACACUACAGUAACCUUUAGGGAACCCAUAAAUUUUCAAAAAUCAUUCCCAUAUUUAUUAUCCUCACCAAGCAGUCAAUAUAUUUACACAUUCCAUUUCAAUAUACAGUAUUCCUAUUCCUUUCAUGUUUUUUUCAGUUUCUUUCGUCUCCCUCAAAAAUAGAUUGUUAUCUCAUUUUCGCUUUGUUUUCUUCUUCUUCUUUACAUUUCACAAAUUUCUUUCCUCACCUAACACAAAUACUGUAGAGACACGACAAAGUGGAACAAAUUAGCAAAAAUCGAUGAAAAAUUAGGUCGCUGGAAAAUGUGCUCUGAUGAGAAAUUGGGUACUGUAUGAGGGAAAAGUGUGUGUUGAUACGGUGACGCAAAAAUGCAUCCAAGUUGUUUUUUAAUUUUGGAGCUGAAAUUUCAGAUUUUGAGCAUUUCUUUGGGGAAUUGAAGAUUUUAGUGGAUUUUUAGCGAAGUUUUCAACCUUGAAAUCUAUCUUUUACCAGAAAAUUUGAAACGGAUCGAUUUUUGGUGACAAUUAGUUUUACACCUCAAAAACUUGAAAUAUCAAUUUUAAAAAAUCUCAUCCUAGUCUUCGAAAAAUUUCGAACAUUCCCUAAACCUAGAUUCUGCCUCAAAAAUCAAUCAAUAAAUUCGGUUUUUUCUAGAGCACUCAAAAACGAACCGGCGUAUCAUGUGUAAAUUGCAAAACGAACACAACAACACUUUGGCGACGAAAUGGUUCCGGAGAGCCAGUUUGUAAUGCAUGUGGAUUAUAUUAUAAGCUGCAUCAGGUAAAUCAUUUAACCUUCAAUAUUUAUGUUUUGUUAUUUUUUCCAAUCCUUUCGCUACCCCGAUAAAUAUCGCAACACACCAAUUAAUUGCGCAACAGUUUUUCGCCUCUUUUAGCGCACCUUAAAUCUUUUCCGACUCUUUAAUUGCAAGGCGGGCGGGAAGAGGAAUCAUAACAAACCGAGAUUUUAUCUAAUCCGUUUUUUCGGUUACAGGUUGAACGACCAUUGACGAUGAAAAAAGAGGGAAUUCAGACGAGAAAUCGAAAAUUGACAACAAAAGGAGGAAAACGAGAAGGAUCGCCGAUGGGAAAAAUGGAUUUGGAUACAUCUGUAAAUGCAGCUGCUGCGGCCACUGUUUGGGGAAUGAAGGUAAAUUUAGAAGGGGCUUUUGGGGAUUCAGAAAUUCAUAAAUAAAAUCAGAAGUUUCGAAAAAUUUAAAUUCUAAAUCAGUUUCAAAAAUUCAUCAAUUUUUUUUCCAGACUUCAACAACACAACCAAUGUUAAUGACAUCAUCAGGAGGAUAUCCAUUCGCCACAAAUAAUUUCUAUUUCACCCCACAAAUCGAUGAUUCAUCAAUUCCAAUCAUGGAUUUCUCAUCAAAUCUUCAGAAAUAG